CAUCAAACUCUUCAAACUCUUCAGACAGAAGACAGCAUGGACACCAGAGUUCUCCUCCUCCUCUCUCUCAUCGCCUCCCUGGCUCUGGCUCAAAACAACCACGGGACCGAGAGAUGUACUUGUCGCAGAAUUCGCCCCAAACUCGCACCACCAAAACAAAUCCUGGACAUCCAGAUCCUGCCGCCUUCCCCUUCAUGUAACAAACUGGAGAUUGUGGUGACCAUGAAAAAUGGCCUUCAGUACUGUAUGGAGCCAAAGGAAGAAAUACUCCAGAGGGUUGUCCGAUCAUUGGAGAAGAAAAAUUCAGCAGAUCAACUGACAACCAUCAGCCCCAGUGAUGUUUGAGGCAACCACAAAGCCUCAAUAAGGCCACCCCUCCACCCCUGAGGUGCAGAUAUCAGCCAGUUACCGUGAACUAUUUGCAAUUAUGUAAAAAGGACAUUUCACUGUAAAAAUGCAGUAAUUCAACUCUUAUGGAGUAAUUUGGGACCAAAUACUCUAAGAUGUUGAAUUUUGUUGAACUAACACUGUAUUGUUACUGUGUAAUUGUAAUUUCCAGUGCAAUGCUUAAAGAUGUAAAAGUGGCAGAUUGUGCUAAGUAGAUCCUCAUCAGACACAAAGUCUAAUUAGGGCGCUCCUUGCCCCUUAGUCUGCACAUCAGCUAGCCACCAUAAAUGUAUUUUUGAAUUUGCUUUAAAGGGACAUGAAUGCACAUUAAUCAGCAUUUCCAUUUCAGAGUUUAAAGGGACACUGUGUGAGAUUUUUAGUUGCUUAUUUCCAGAAUUCAUGCUGCCCAUUCACUAAUGUUACCUUUUUCAUGAAUACUUUCCACCACCAUCAAAUUCUAAGUAUUCAUUAUGACUGGAAAAAUUGCACUUUUCAUACAUGAAAAAGGGGAUCUUCUCCAUGGUCCGCCAUUUUGAAUUUCUAAAAAUAGCCAUUUUUAGCUGCAAAAAUUACUCUACUUGGACCAUACUAGAAAAUAUUUGUUUAUUUAUUCACUUUCAUGUAAAGAUCAAAUUUGACAAUAGGCAGCCCAGUUUCAAUGAUCAGCGUAGUUGCAGUACGUUUUUUGACCAUUUCCUGCACAGUGUACCUUUAAACGAUGUUAACGCGUCCGGAGUCCCUUGGCAGAGAUAAAUAAUAACUAACUGCUUGUUUCCUGUCAUAUAACCCAUGUAAGCUAUUGUCUACAGAAUUCAUCUAAUCAUGAUGUUGCUAAAUCUUAUAUUUGUUUUAUUUUUUAUAAUAAAUCUUUCAAGCUAU